AUGGCCCCGAAGAUUAUUGUCACCGCAGUCGACGGCUGGACUGGUUACGAAAUUGUCAAACACAUCACCACUCCAGAUCUCGUCAAUAAAUUCGGCGAAAUCUACGCGACUUCCGAGGGUCCCGAGACUAUAGCCGAUGUGGCUGAAUUAAAGCAAAAAAAAGAAGUGACCUUCUUAGAGAUCGAUUCUUCGAAAAAUCUCAGCAAAAUGGAGGAAGUCUUCAAGAAAGCCGAGAUCGCUGUCCUCAUUCCACCAGCUAAAACGGACAAGCUCCAACGUUCUAAGAACUUGAUCGAAGCCUGCAAAACUGCUGGUCUAAAAAAAGUCGUCCUGAUCUCGAUGGCAGCCGCCGAUGUUGCUGAUAAACAGAAACAACCUCAUAUUGCUGAAUUCCAACAGAUCGAGCACGAAGCAAAGCAAGCCGGAUUCGAUCAUUUGACUAUUAUAAGAGUCAACUUCUACACUGAAAAUCUCCUCCUUUAUAAAGAACAAAUGCAUAAAGGAAAACUCCCCCUUCCAAUUCAUGACGGUAAAUUUGCUCCGGUUGCAAUCAAAGAUGUUGCGGAAGGUGUUGGUGCCCUGCUCUCGGAUUGCGAGAAAUUUCAUAAAUCUAACGAAGAAUGUUGUAUUACUCUCACCGGCGAUAAAGCUUUGGGUGGUUCGGAAAUAGCAUCCUGCAUCAGUAAAUGUACCGGUUGUAAGCUCGAAUUCGACAAUAUUUCUAACGAAGAAGCACAAAAGAUUCUAGCCAAUGUCAAGGGCCUCGAUGAAAGUGAACAACAUGUUCUUGUCGAAUUCUACGACUUGGUUAAAGCUAAUAAUGCCGCGUUCGUUACUGAUAGCUUUAAAAAUCUAGUUAGUCACGAUCCUACUUCACUCGAGGAAUUCUGCAAACUCCACGAAAGUGAACUCAAGUCUAAAUAA